UUUCGGUAUUUGCCUUGUUGCCCAGGAACGCUAUUGUGGGUUAUGGCUGCGUUAGCCUUGCUUUGGUUUCUCUUAGUAAUGUCUUAACCAACCCCUAUCGCUCUUCUCUCCGGCCCCUCGCGAGCUCCACCGAAAUUGCCCAACGACGUUAUGCAAAUAAUUACUGAUGUGGCUCCCUUACGACGUCGUAAACACGUGGCAUCUUUGGUCGGCAGAACGCCCUAAAUCCAUAAUAAAUACACGUGCGAACAUCGAUCGCAGUGUUAGGCACCAGCUGCUUAGCUUGGUAAGAAGUAUAAUGUCGUUGAACGUCGGGCUUCACGCCGACUCGGAGGCACAUAGCUGCUACCAAUUAUUGUGAGUAUGUAUUAAAGGCAUUAACGAUAGAGGUCGUUUUGCGAUCAAGUAGGAAAACAGGAUCGACAAGCUGCUCUUACAAACUGCCUUCGUCUCAAUAUUUUCACCAUGAGUGCUCACCUCGAGACAGCGCCGCUGGCGACUAAGGCCCGUACAUCAUGGCUGCAGAACAUCAAGUUCUUUGCCCUAGCUGGAACCGGUUUCUUUUCUGAUGGUUAUCUGAAUAUUACUAUGGGUCUAGUUGUUCCUAUGAUCGGUCUCAUUUAUUUCAAGGACUCUGGCUCUGUUGUCAAGUCUUCCCAAAGCGAUGCCAUGAAGGGUUCCCUAUCUCUCGGCAUGGUAUUUGGCCAAGUCGGCAGUGGUAUCCUUGGCGAUGCCAUUGGAAGACAUAAGAUCUACGGCAAGGAGCUUAUUUUGACUAUCUUUGGAACGCUCAUGGUUAUUGUUGCCCCGCCAUAUAUGACUCACGAGGGUAUCGUGGUCUGGGUUUGUAUUUGGCGUGCUUUUACUGGAAUUGGUAUUGGCGCAGACUAUCCAAUGUCAGCAACUUUAUCAUCGGAGAACAAACCAGUCAAAUCCAGGGCGGUGCUCGUUUCUGGUGUAUUCUCUAAUUAUGGUCUUGGAAGUUUCUCUGCUUCGAUAGUCUACCUCGUUUUGAUUGUCGCUUUCAAGUCUGCCAUCGAAAAUAACAUUGAUCGUGUCCAGUGGGUGUGGAGAUUGCUCUUGGGAAUUGGAAUUAUUCCAGCAGCAGCAACACUCUAUGGUCGCCUACGCAUGAAAGAAACAGUUCCAUAUCAGAAGUAUGUCGAAACGCGAGACGGCCGUGGCGAAACAAUCAGAAAGGAUCUCUAUAAUCAAUGGGUGGAUUUCAAGGAAUAUUUCUCUGUUCCAUUGCAUGCGAGAACUCUCUUCGCUACAUGUUGCACCUGGUUUCUCUUUGACAUCGCAUUUUACGGAAUCAAUCUCAACCAAUCUCUCAUCCUAAGCAGCAUCGGUUACGGCGCGGGCAAGACGCACUGGCAAACACUUUAUAAUACAGCUAUUGGAAACAUUAUUGUUGCGGCCGCUGGCUUCCUUCCUGGUUAUUACGCUGCAAUUCCACUCCUUGAUAUACUCGGUCGCGUUCGUCAACAGUGGAUUGGAUGUUGCCUUGUCGCCACUCUUUACGCCAUUUGGGCCGGUGUGGCAAACAUCACCAGUGCUGGCGGUCUCAUUGCGCUCUUCACAUUAUCUCAGUUCUUUCUCAAUGCUGGCCCAGCAACCACGACGUUCCUCAUUCCCGUCGAGGUCUUCCCAACUCGAGUCCGUGCAACCGCCCACGGCAUAUCAGCUGCAGUUGGCAAAUGUGGAGCCAUACUCACAACCUUUGCUUUCGGCACAAUUACCGCAAAGAUUGGACUUCGGGGUGUCUUGGGAUUGUUCAGUGGCAUCUUGUUCCUCACUGCUUUGCUCACUCUCUGGAUUCCUGAGUCGAAGGACAAGACUCUAGAACAGAUUGAGAAUGGUGAUAUCUAUGGUGGCAACGAAUGGGUAGGCUGGAGCACUAAGGAUGCGAAGGCCAUUACGGCUUUAGAGACGAGCGAGACGAGCACAGCGACCAAUUCCUUCUGUAGUGCUGACAACAAAAGACCUGUUGUUAAGAGGAAAGAUGUACAAAUCGAGGAUAAGAGAUAAUCAGCGUGGGUAGAUAUAGAGGCUGAGUUAUAAGAGAUACCUUUUGGAAUUUACAUUUUGGAAAGGGGCACUAGCAGGCUAGCACGAUUAUUAACUUCAUACCGAUAUGUUGUAAAAAGAAACUGCUAGGCUGGUGAUGUCUUUGAUGAGUAUUCUAAGACUUGCUGCUGUAGUCACUCUACCCAUGAAGGUGUUAUUAGCUCGUUACACAAGAGAGUCGCAUGAGAAGGAGUAAAAAUAAACUCCCGUUCCAAAUCGCAAGCUGGAUAAAGCACUUAUCCCACGGCUCUAAAAAUAACCAACGCCAUGCUUGGGCUAAGGGCCGCCUGGACCCAAGAGAUAAAGAUAUAGCUUGGACAGCUACUGGAUGUAUUUUUGUCAACCGA